AUGACCGACUAUCCGCCACCCUACCCGCCCCAGCAAGCCGGCGGCUACCCGCCGCCCCAGCAGCCUGGAUACCCUCCUCAACAGGGGUACCCUCCUCAACAGGGGUACCCGCCUCAGCAGGGUUACCCUCCACAACAGGGCUAUCCUCCAGAUGUCAAACAAGGCGCCCCUCCUCCGCAGUACGGUGCCCCACCGCCGGUACAGUCGACUACCAGUACCAACGUAGUAGUCGUGCAACAGCAGCCACAAGUCGUCCACACGACGGUCUACACGCGUCGCUACGGGACCAACGACCACGGCCUAGUGUACGCCAUCAUCGCCUCGUGCGCCGUGUUCUGGUGCUUCGGCUGGAUCGGCCUGUUCUGCACCGUCCCCGCCAUCUUUGUCUCCAUCAACGCCCAGAACCACGAGGCCUCCGGUAACCUGGAGGCCAUGAAGCAAAACCACAACCUGUCCCUAAUUCUGAGCACGGUUGGCCUUAUCUGUGGUUUCGGCGGGCUCUUUCUGUACAUCAUAAUUGGGGCCACCGCGUAA